AUGGCUGAGCUAAACGGUGUCGUUUCGGCCACUCUUCUCCGAGUAAAGAAGCUCUCCGACAACGCCGUUUUGCCUUCUAGGGCCUCCCCUCUCUCCGCCGGCUACGACCUCUCCAGCGCCGUGGAGACAAAGAUUCCGGCGAGAGGGAAAGCUCUUGUCCCCACCGAUCUUUCCAUCUCUAUCCCCGAAGGGACCUAUGCCCGAAUCGCGCCGAGAUCAGGGUUGGCCUUGAAGCAUUCAAUCGACGUGGGUGCGGGGGUAAUCGACGCGGAUUACAGGGGUCCCGUUGGGGUUAUACUGUUGAAUCAUUCGGAUGUUGAUUUUGAAGUGAAAAUGGCUGAUAGAGUUGCUCAGAUGAUAAUUCAAAAGAUUGUGACGCCUGAGGUUGCUGAAGUUGAGGAUUUGGAUUCUACACUCAGAGGUGAAGGUGGUUUUGGAUCUACUGGGGUUUGA